AUGUAUAAAGAAUCAGUAACUGAAACAAAAAAAAAAUCUAGACAUGUUCGUGAAAAUGCUAAUAAAAAACAAAAGAUUGAAAAAAAUUUAAUUUUUAAUAAAAAUAAACACAGAACGCAAAGUACUACUAAAAAAUUAAACGCUUCUGAAGAAUUACUUUAUAUAAAAAAUCAAUGGACAAAUAUUCAACUUAGCCAAUCAGAUAGAAUACCAUAUAAAGCGACAAAAAUUCAGCAAGGAAUCUUUAAAAAAGAUCUGUUUAUUGGAACUUUAAUUAGAAAAGCAAGAAUUAAAAAUAAAAAUAAUAAUAUAUCUGAAAUUCCUUUGAAUUAUAUUAUAUUAAUAGAUGAUAUCCUUAAUAAAAAAGCAAAUAAUUAUUUACCUGGUAAUGGUAAGUGGAUUGCUUUUGGCCAAUGGUUAAGUAUGAAAAGUCCAAUAAAGAGAAAAAAUGUUAUACGUUAUCUUAAAAGUCUUCUUAACAACAACAAUUCAAUUAACAAUUUUCUGCAAAAUAAUUCAAAUCCUAAUUCGUUAGAUGAAAUAAAAGAAUUUGAAUAUAUGGUAAAAGCUAAAUGCAUUGUAAAUCAGAAUCAUCAAAAUUUAGUUCAUUUGGAAAAACUUGAUGAUCAAGAUGCUAUUACUCAAGCAGCAGUUGCCAUAAAUGAUUAUUAUUUUCACACAUUAGAUAAUGCAUCUCACCGAAGUAAUGAAUUUUGGGAAAGAUUUGCUGAGAAUUUUGGAGCAUUUGCAAGGAAUAAUACUCUUCCUUACACUAGUUCUAAUAUGGCUAGUACACAUAAUACUAACCAUCAAGAAUGUGUUGACAAAUUAAUCCUGACUCUUAAACCAUUAUCAGAUAGCAUUAACCGAUUUGCUCAAAAUUAUUAUAAUGAUUUUUAUAAAAAGUUAAGUCAAUUAAAUUGGGGUCCAUUUGCACCAAGAUCAUUUGGAAUUUUUCCAAUGAUUUCUAUAAAUUAUAAUAUUAUUAGCAAAUAUCAUUUAGAUAAAAAUGAUCAUAAGAAUUCUUUAGCUUUUUUAGUUGUUUUAGGACAAGUUUUAGUAUUUUCUUCAAGAUUUUUAAAGAAUGGAAAUUUAAAAGUUACUAAAGGAAUUAGACAUAGUAUUGUAUAUUAUGUACAUCAAGAUUUCUUUAAAGAAUUGCGUAACUUUAAUAAGAAAAUUAAGGAGAAUAAUGAUAAAAUGAAAGAUGAUAAUGAUGAAAUUCAAGAUAAUGAUAAUGAAAUGAAAGAUUUUAAUAAUGAUAUCAAUUCUAAUAGAAAGACACUUAAUACUGUAACAAAAAGGCAAACUAGUAUGUUUAUUAAAGCUAAUAAAAAAAGAAAUAAUGAUAAUAUUAUAAGAGCAAAAAAGGGUUUAAAAGCUGAAGAUAAUCUUUUAAAUAUUAAAUAUUAA